GACGGAGAGGGGCGGUGGCCCAGCGGCGGGAGAUUCAAACCUGGAAGAAGGAGGAACAUGGAGGGGAGAGGAGCGGGCCUGGGCCGGGCGGCCUACGAGCGCCUCACAGCUGAGGAGAUGGAUAACCAGAGGAGGCAGAACGUGGCCUAUCAGUACCUGUGUCGGCUGGAAGAAGCCAAGCGCUGGAUGGAGGCCUGCCUGAAGGAGGAACUUCCUUCCCCGGUGCAGCUGGAGGAGAGCCUCCGUAACGGAGUGUUGCUGGCUAAGCUGGGCCACUGUUUUGCGCCCUCUGUGGUUCCCCUGAAGAAGAUCUACGACGUGGAGCAGCUGCGGUACCAGGCAACGGGCUUGCAUUUCCGCCACACAGACAACAUCAACUUUUGGCUGUCGGCCAUUGCCCACGUCGGUCUGCCUUCGACCUUCUUCCCGGAGACCACAGACAUCUAUGACAAGAAGAACAUGCCCCGGGUGAUCUACUGCAUUCAUGCUCUUAGUCUCUUCCUCUUCCAGCUAGGAUUGGCCCCUCAGAUCCACGAUCUCUACGGGAAAGUGAAAUUCACAGCCGAGGAACUCAGCAACAUGGCCUCUGAACUGGCCAAAUACGGCCUCCAGCUGCCUGCCUUCAGCAAGAUCGGGGGCAUCCUGGCCAAUGAGCUCUCUGUGGAUGAGGCUGCAGUCCACGCAGCUGUCCUUGCCAUCAAUGAGGCAGUGGAGCGAGGGGUGGUCCAGGACACCCUGGCUGCCCUGCAGAACCCCAGUGCCCUUCUGGGGAAUCUUCGAGAGCCUCUGGCAGCCAUCUACCAGGAAAUGUUGGCCCUGGCCAAGGUGGAGAAGGCUGCCAAUGCCAGGAACCACGAUGACAGGGAAAACCAGGACAUCUAUGACUACUACCUAACCCAGGCUGAAAUCCAGGGCAACAUCAACCAUGUCAAUGUCCGUGGGGCUCUAGAAGUCAUUGAUGAAGCCCUGGAAAGACAGAGCCCUGAARCCUUGCUAGAGGCCCUUCAGGACCCUGCCCUGGCCCUGCAAGGGGUGAGAAGAGACUUUGCUGACUGGUACCUGGAACAGCUGAGCUCAGACAGGGAGCAGAAAGCACAGGAGCUGGGCCUGGUGGAGCUUCUGGAAAAAGAGGAAGUUCAGGCUGCUGUGGCUGCAGCCAAUACCAAGGGUGAUCAAGAGCAAGCCAUGCUCCAGGCUGUGAGGCGGGUCAACAAAGCCAUCCAGAGGGGAGUGGCCGCUGACACUGUGCGGGAGCUGAUGUGCCCCGAAGCCCAGCUGCCUCCAGUGUAUCCCUUUGCCGCCACUGUGUACCAGCAGGAGCUGGCAGUGCUCCAGCAACAGCAGCAGGGGGAGCUCUGCCAGGAGGAGCUCUUUGUGGCUGUGGAGAUGCUGUCGGCCGUGGUCCUGAUCAACAGGGCCCUGGAGGCCAGGGAUGCCUGUGGCUUCUGGAGCAGUCUGGCGGAUCCUGCCACCGGCCUGGCGGAGGUGGAAGGAGCAAAUGCUCAGCGGUACUUUGAUGCCUUGAUGAAACUGCRACAGGGACGUGGAGUAGAUGGGACCUUCCUGAGCUGGAAUGACCUGCAGGCCACCGUGAGCCAGGUCAACGCCCAGGUCCAAGAAGAGACCGAUCAGGUCCUUGCAGUCAGUCUUAUCAAUGAGGCUCUGGACCAGGGCAGCUCUGAGAAGACCCUGUCUGCCCUGCUGCUUCCUGCUGCUGGCCUGGAAGAUGUCAGCCUUCCUGUUGCYCCUCGGUAUCAUCUCCUCCUUGUGGCAGCCAAGAGGCAGAAGGUCCAGGUGACAGGUGAUCCUGGAGCUGUGCUGUGGCUGGAGGAGAUCCGCCAGGGAGUGGUCAGAGCCAACCAGGACACAAGCACAGCUCACAGAAUGGCCCUCGGUGUGGCUGCCAUCAACCAGGCCAUCAAGGAGGGCAAGGCGGCCCAGACAGAGCGGGUGUUGCGGAACCCUGCCGUGGCCCUCCGAGGAGUGGUUCCCGACUGUGCCGAUGGCUACCAGCGGGCCCUGGAGGGUGCCGUGGCCAAGAAGAGGCGUGGAGGGGACACGGCUUUCUGGGUUCAACAUGACAUGYGGGAUGGCACCGCCUACUACUUCCACCUGAAGACCUUCCAGGGGACCUGGGAGAAACCCCUCAACGGCCACCUCCACACCUCCCACCUGAGUCGUGAGGAGAUCCAGUUGGCCAUCACCAAAGUCACUGCUGCCCAUGACCGCCAGCAGCUCUGGAAGGCCAACGUCGGCUUCAUYGUCCAGCUGCAGGCCCGCCUCCGUGGCUUCCUGGUCCGCCAGAAGUUUGCUGAGCGUGCACACUUUCUGAGGACCUGGGUCCCAGCCGUCAUCAAGAUCCAGGCUCACUGGCGGGGUUAUAGACAGCGCAAAAUUUACCUGGAACAGUUGCAGUAUUUUAAAGCAAACCUGGAUGCCAUAGUCAAGAUCCAGGCCUGGGCCCGGAUGUGUGCAGCUCGGAGGCAAUACCUGAGGCGCCUGCGCUACUUCCAGAAGAAUGUGGACUCCGUUGUGAAGAUCCAGGCAUUUUUCCGAGCCAGGAAAGCCCGGGAUGACUACAGGAUGUUAGUGCACUCAGCCCACCCCCCGCUCAGUGUGGUGCGCAGGUUUGCCCACCUCCUCAACCAAAGCCAGCAGGACUUCUCAGCCGAGGCCGAGCUGCUGAAGCUGCAGGAAGAGGUGGUCAGAAAGAUCCGCUCCAAUCAGCAGCUGGAGCAGGACCUUAACCUCAUGGACAUCAAGAUCGGCCUGCUGGUGAAGAACCGGAUCACCCUACAGGAAGUGGUCUCCCACUGCAAGAAGCUGACCAAGAAGAAUAAGGAGCAGCUGUCAGAUAUGAUGGUUCUGGACAAGCAGAAGGGAUUAAAGUCGCUGAGCAAAGAGAAACGGCAGAAACUAGAAGCUUACCAGCACCUCUUCUACCUGCUCCAGACUCAACCCAUCUACCUGGCCAAGCUGAUCUUUCAGAUGCCACAGAAUAGGACCACCAAGUUCAUGGAGGCAGUGAUUUUCAGCUUGUACAAUUACGCCUCCAACCGCCGGGAGGCCUACCUGCUGCUCCAGCUGUUCAAGACUGCGCUGCAGGAGGAAAUCAAGUCAAAGGUGGAACGGCCCCAGGACAUAGUGACAGGCAACCCAACGGUGGUGAGGCUGGUGGUGAGAUUCUACCGUAAUGAGCGGGGACAGAGCGCCCUGCGGGAGAUCCUGGGCAAGGUUAUCCAGGAUGUGCUGGAGGACAAAGGGCUUAGCAUCCACACGGACCCCGUCCACAUCUACAAGAGCUGGAUCAACCAGACUGAGGCCCAGACGGGGCAGCGCAGCCGGCUCCCCUAUGACGUCACCCCCGAGCAGGCCUUGAGCCACCCCGAGGUCCAGAGAAGGCUGGACAUCUCCCUGUGCAACCUCCUUGCCGUGACUGACAAGUUCCUCGUGGCCAUCGUUUCUUCUGUGGACCAAAUUCCCUAUGGGAUGCGGUAUGUGGCCAAAGUUCUGAAGACAACCCUGGCAGAGAAGUUCCCCGAUGCCACAGAGACUGAGGUCUAUAAGGUGGUGGGGAACCUGCUGUACUACCGCUUCCUGAACCCUGCUGUGGUGGCUCCUGAUGCUUUUGACAUCGUGGCCCUGGCAGCGGGCGGUGCCCUGGCCGCCCCCCAACGCCAUGCGCUGGGGGCCAUAGCCCAGCUCCUGCAGCACGCGGCGGCUGGCAAGGCCUUCUCUGGGGAGAGCCGGCACCUGCAGGUGCUGAAUGACUACCUGGAGGAGACACACCUCAAGUUCAGGAAGUUCAUCUGCAGAGCCUGCCAGGUGCCAGAGCCAGAGGAGCGCUUUGCGAUGGACGAGUACUCAGACAUGGUGGCUGUGGCCAAGCCCAUGGUGUACAUCACGGUCGGGGAGCUGGUCAACACGCACAGGCUGCUGCUGGAGCACCAGGACUGGGUGGCUCCUGACCACCAGGACCCCCUGCACCAGCUCCUGGAGGACCUUGGGGAGCUGCCCACCAUCCCUGACCUCAUCGGGGAGAACAUAGCUGCAGAUGGGCACGUGGAUCUGAGCAAGCUCGAAGUGUCCCUGACACUCGCCAACAAAUUCGAAGGGCUUGAGGCAGAGGCUGACGACACCAAGGCCCAGAGCCUGCUUCUAAGCACCAAGCAGAUGUUGGCCGAUAUCAUACAGUUCCACCCUGGGGACUCCCUCAAGGAGAUCCUGUCCCUCUCAGCUACCGGAGAGCAGGAAGCAGCCCACAAGCGUCUCAUGAGCCGACGCCAGGCCUGUGAAGCCCAGACCCCCGAGCCUCUGCGUCGACACCGCUCCUUAAYGGCUCACUCCCUCCUGCCCCUGGCAGAGAAGCAGCGGCGUGUCCUGCGGAAUCUGCGUCRACUAGAGGGCCUGGGGCUGGUCAGUGCCCGCGAUGGCUAUCAGGGACUGGUGGAUGAGCUGGCAAAGGACAUCCGCAACCAGCGCAGGCACCGGCAGCGGCGGAAGGCGGAGCUGGUGAAGCUUCRGGCCACGUUCCAGGCCCUGAGCAUGAAGACGGCCUUCUACGAGGAGCAGGGCGACUACUACAGCCAGUACAUCCGGGCCUGCCUGGACCACCUGGCCCCCAGCAACAAGAGCUCCAGGAAGGGGAGGAAGCAGCCAUCUCUUCAUUACACUGCUGCCCAGCUCCUGGAGAAGGGCGUCCUGCUGGAAAUCGAAGAUCUCCCCACCUCUCACUUCAGAAAUGUCAUCUUUGACAUCACCCCUGGAGAUGAGGCAGGAAUGUUUGAAGUCAACGCCAAGUUCCUGGGUGUGGACAUGGAACGAUUCCAGCUUCACUAUCAGGACCUCCUGCAGCUCCAGUAUGAGGGCGUGGCUGUCCUGAAGCUCUUCAACAAGGCCAAGGUCAACGUCAACCUUCUCAUCUUCCUCCUCAACAAGAAGUUCCUGCGGAAGUGA